ACCAACUUAACAAAACACCAAAAAAAACUGAAAAGUCAAGCAAGUUUGGGAUUUUGGAAGCGUCGAAAAUUUUAUUGUUAUCUCCAAAAACAUUGCAAUUCUUUAUUACUUUUACCAAUACUCAUCAUGGAAGUCAAGGAGUGUACCGAUUUAAAUGAAGAGAAUCAAUUUAUUGUGGACGAUGUGAGCAAAAUUAUCAAAGAAGCUAUUGAAAAUUCUAUCGGAGGAACAGCAUAUCAACACAAUAAAGUUAAUCAAUGGACCUCUACCGUCGUUGAGUCCUGUUUAAAUCAACUGACAAAACUUCAAAAGCCCUACAAAUACAUAGUGACAUGCACAAUAAUGCAGAAGAAUGGUGCGGGGCUUCACACAGCUUCCUCGUGUUUCUGGGACAACCACACAGACGGCUCAUGCACCGUCCGCUGGGAGAACAAAACCAUGUACUGCAUUGUAUCCGUCUUUGGUCUCAGCAUUUAAACAUAUUUAACAUUAACAUACUUAUGAAUAAAUCAAUAUAAUAUUGUUCAUGAUUAUAUAGCCUUAUGCUUAAGUCUUUAUGUUCUAAUUCCUUGUUUCUAAAUUCACGAUUAUGAAUAAAGAUGACAAAUUAUUAGUUAUAACUGCAGCAUGAGUAAUGUUCUUCCAUGAAAGAAUGUUCUUUAGUUUCAGCAUGUAUGUGAGGAUAAUUUAGUUUAGUCAAUAAUAUUAUGUAGUAUCAUAGAAUAGUACAUUAAUUUAAAUGCUUUUUUAUAAACACAAUGUGUACUAACUUUGAAAACAAUGUCUUAAUUUUUAAAAAGCAAAAUUCUGAAGCUGAAAGGUAAUAUCAAGAAAUUGUAUUGCGUCUUACUUAAUUUGUAAGUAGGAUUACUGAAUCAAUAAAUUGUGCCUCAAUCUA